AUGUCCAACGUCCGACGCACAGUGGGAGGUGCCACACCCCACCCAACCCGCCGCCCCACAAAGGGAGGCGGCGUAGCUCGAGGCACCCGAGCGUGGGCUGGCGGGAUAGAGAAGGCGCCCCACGCGAACAGUGCCGGUUCACCGCGACAGGGCCAGAUGAGUGUCGGCGGCUCCCGGGAACACGAUCUCGCAAGUAGUGUUGCUAAGCACGGUAUACCGCAGAAGCCGCUCCGCACGGUCAGGAGAUCGCCACCAGACUUUGAGCAGGCCAUGAAGGCCGCUCAUCCGGUGUGCGAGAAGAUGAUUCGGGAGGCGGACCAACGUUACCAGCAACUGGCAGCGCGCCUUGAACAAAGCCAACGUGAGGCGGCGGAGGAAAAGGCAAGAUUCCAACGAGCCGAAUUGAACACUAUCCUGGAGGAAAUCCACACCGUCGCCGCUGCGUUGACCGGCAAGGUCUGGAAGAAACUGGAGGAGUCGAACAAUGUCUAUUUCUCGACCUGCUUACCGGGGGAUGGGUAUGCAGAAACGACCUGGGAAGGGCAGAAGGAACAGGUUGGAGUGCCCGGCAGUCCUCUUCUCCCCGCGUACCCUGAUCCUAUGAUGCCAUGCCCAGAGCCCCAAGAUCUGUCUUACAUCGAUCCUUACGCAACAGUGCACCAGGGCAAAUGUUGA